AGUGUCCAAAUAGGCUUUGAGUUGAUCUGGUAAACAAGAAAGUGUAUGCAGAGUGCAAUUGAGAUCCCAGAAGAAGAAGAAGAAGAAAAUGGGGAUUCGAUUCGUGUUAAUGGUGAACAAGCAAGGUCAGACUCGUCUUGCUCAGUACUACGAAUAUCUCACUGUCGAAGAAAGACGAACCCUUGAAGGUGAAAUCGUUCGCAAAUGCCUCGCUCGCAAUGAGCACCAGUGUUCAUUUGUUGAGCAUCGCAACUACAAAAUUGUAUAUAGACGCUAUGCAUCUUUGUUUUUCCUGGUUGGAGUUGAUGAUGGUGAGAAUGAGCUUGCUAUUUUGGAAUUUAUCCAUCUCUUAGUCGAAACCAUGGAUCGACAUUUUGGCAAUGUGUGUGAGCUAGAUAUCAUGUUUCAUUUAGAAAAGGUACAUUUUAUGUUGGAGGAAAUGGUCAUGAAUGGAUGUAUUGUAGAGACCAGCAAAUCAAAUAUUCUGACUCCUAUUCAGCUGAUGGAUAAAACAUCUUAAGAGAGACAAAAGAAGCAUCCUGGAGCCGGUAUUUCUAUGUUACUAUUAGCUGUCACUGCUGCUACUUUAUGUGUACAAUGAAAGUGAAUGUAAACUACAGUAGUAAAUCUCCGGUUUUCUUUAUGAAUAAAAUGCAAAAGUUAGAUUUUCAUUUUCAUUUUUUCCUUCCUCCUUGUUUGUAUUGUAUUGACUGUUGAUUAUUUGCUGAUAAAAACACAUCAUGGUACUUGGUACGUAUGUGCA